AACCCGUGCGCCGCCGCUUUCGUCUCUGCAGCUCAUCUAAAUAAUAAUAGGAAAAGAUGGCGCACCAAGGAGAGCGAUUGAAAUCGACUUCCAUAAACGGAGUGAAGAUGUACCACGUUUCUUCUCAACCAAACGUCGCCACUUGGCUUCCUCCCAAGAAGCAACGAGCUCUCCGCAAAAAUCCAAAUUAUAUGCAAAGGGUGGAGUUGAUCCAGGACUUGAGGUUUGAAACUGCUACAACGAAAAUCAAGGCAACUCCUGACGGAGAGUUUCUUAUAGCUUCAGGCAUAUAUCCACCGCAAGUUAAAGUAUACGAGCUUAGGGAACUUUCAUUGAAAUUUGAGAGGCAUUUGGAUUCAGAAAUAGUUGAUUUUCAGAUAUUGGAUGAUGACUAUUCAAAGCUUGCAUUUUUAUGCGCUGAUCGUUCUGUUAAUCUCCAUGCAAAAUAUGGAAAACACUACAGUUUGCGAAUUCCAAGGUGGUUGAAUUUUGCUUUCAUGGACUCUGAAGCUCUAUAG